UUAAUCGUUCAACUGGCAGCGACGUCGCAAGAUGGGGCCAAACAAAAUCAGAUUAUGAGUCGAUGCCGAGUAUUUGCCGUGUGACCAUUGCCGAUGCUCAAGGUGCGACGCACAACAAUAAGUGUUUUGAGAAAUUCGUAUUUUGCCUAGAGUUGUUUAUUUUUCGUGUAGUUUUUGUGCGUGCAACGUUAAACGAAACUAAUUAUUAGUGAACACUAUUCGCUGUGUGUCAUGUCUCGUUAGCAAUUGCGUCGAACUGAAAAUGUAUUGCACCACACGCCUGCUGCGAUACAUUUUGUGUGUCAUCAAUUUGAUUUAUGCUCUCAACGGCUGUCUGCUCAUCUGGUAUGGCACCUGGUUGCUGAACAGCAUCGCCGAGCAGCGAAAUGCCGUUGAUCAUGGCGAGAAGUUGGCUGCCAUACUCUGUAUUCUGCUGGGCAUUGUCAUCGUUUUAGCCAGCAUAUUUGGUACUGUGGCCUUGGCUAAGGAGUGCAAAAAGAUGCUGAUAAGUUACGCAGUAUUGUUGUUGCUGUUAUUGGUCAUACAAUUUAUUAUGUUUAGCAUUAGCUUUGCGGCCAGUAGGGACGCCUUACCAAACAGUUUAAAACAGGGAUUCGAUGAACUGUGGGAUCCAAAACGCAGUAUCAAUAGCACACUCAGCGUAUACGAGGAGUGGCUGCAUUGCUGCGGUCGCAACAGUGCUGAGGACUACAUUUUGUUAGAGCGGGAAAUUCCUGCCAGUUGCUGUUUUGAGCUCGAUUGCACGAAACCCUCAAAUCUCUUUAUGGAUGGUUGUGAGAGCCAAUUUAAGCAAUAUGUCAGCAAAAAGUCGGCCAACUUUCACACAAUCACCUGGCUUAUAAUAUUAACUGAGUUUGUUGGCUCUGUGUGUACCUGUUAUUUGGUGGAUAGCAUACGGAAUCAUCGAGAUCGCGUGCGUUUCUAUAAUUAGUUGUAACUAUUGGUUAUUUACCCGUAUUAUUAUUAUGCUUAGUUAGUUUUUUGUGCCAUUGUGAUUUGUAAUUUAGUACAGCUAUUUAAAUAAAAAAAAAUUUCCUAUCUCCA